CGAGCAGAGCUCCGCCGAGCGGCUGUCUGGUGACCCGGUAGCACUGUUGACGCUGCUCCGCCGUGCAAGGUGUCCAACUGUACAAACAACUGGACUCGACGACGACGACAACGACGACGAAGAAGCAAGCAGAGAUCGUAUAUUAAACUGUUCAAGCACGAGUAACUCGGAGGGACAUGGCGGAGGGAGGCUACGACCCCUGUGAGUGCAUCUGCACCCACGAGUACGCGAUGAGACGACUCAUAAACCUGCUCAGGCAAUCCCAGUCCUACUGUACUGACACAGAGUGCCUUCAAGAAAUACCCGGGCCGAGUGGCUCAGUGGCAAAUGGAGGUGACCUCACCCUCCCCAUGGUCCUCAUGGGGUGGAUGAUCCUGGCUCUGCUCCUCUUCCUGCUGCGCCCGUCCAGCCUCCGAGCUCCUCGUCCCCUCGGCAAACCUUCUGGACCCUCCAACAGGCACGAGAGGCACCAUGACCCAUCCCCGCCUGUGGACUAAGGUUACCGCCGGAACCCCCGCCGACAUAAAGAGUUAACUGGAGACCGUGCCAACCACCUGUCCAUCAAUCGAUUCUGCUAACCCCCUACCCCUUGGUUAAUCUCCCUUCCUCUUUAGGGUUCUCUAUUGCUUUCACCUGUUUUUCUUAUAAAAUGCAUUUGAAGAACCCCCCCCCCCUCCCUCGACACUCUCACAAGAGGUGGUUACAUUCCGAUGAGUCUGCAGUGGGAGGGACGGGAGAGACCUCAUUUAUUAUGGAGACAUUUAACUUUUUAUCAGGGACGGAUUAACCUCUGUUCUCAUUCAUGCGCAACGAUGAGGGUGGAUGGGUUGAGAUUCCUAAUAACACAUUCCACUUUGAGAACCAUUGCCAAUGAUGAUGUAACGGCUAAUCCAGUUGCCGAUCUGAAAGGAGCCUUGGCGAAAGGAUAAAAUGUUAUCUCGGAAAUUUGAGGGCUGUCAAUAGCUGCUGCUUAACAAAAGUUAAAUAGUGAAUGUUGCAUUAUCCUGGCUCACAAAUUGUGGUACAGAAAACAUGGCGUAGAAAAAUGGUCUUGGUGAAUAAAAUCGGCAUGCCUCCUGCAGACCAGAGAAGAAAUCUGUAAUCUAUAACCGAAUUUGAAUCAUUGUACACCAACUAUGUUAACCGUAUAGAGGCUGUGUCUGUAAAGCACCCAUUUUAUAAGCACUUUUGUUAAAGGAUGUUAAUGCCUGAUAGUUUGUUAUUCUGCUAUGUAAGGGGGUGCCCGUGGAAAUAUUUAGAAGGCUAUUGGAAAGACUGCUUCAUUUGGCAAGUAGGAAUGAUAUAGAUAUGAUAUGAAUUCAAGGUGAACAUCUUUUCCAUUCCACAACACUGUCCCUUCAAUUUCUUUGAAUAGCCCUUCUUUAUUUGUUUGUAGAGCAGGAGUUCAAUAAUCCCAGUGGUUUUGGUAAUUGGUCUUUAGCUAGAAAAGUUAGUUGUAUUGAAGACAUAUUGCAGUGCCAAUGUAAGGUGAAUAGUUUUGUUGUCUAUACCGAAGUAGCGUAAGAGGACGGGGGCUCAUUUCUGCAACAUAAUUUAUUAGCAAUCGCUAUGAAAUGCAUAUUGAAUUGUAAUCUUAGAACGGUAAGGUAGUUAACUACGAAAUUACCAGGCUUUGAGAUCAUUGCCAUUUGAACAAGUUUUACUUUGGACUUUGAUUUCCAAUUUUAUAAUGGGUCUACAAGUGAACUGGGAACUACUGUACUAAAUACUUGGUACAGCUCAAUUAGUCACAUACAGAGUUAGACUCAUCUCUGCGCCUCCUUCUAAGAUCUGUUUUACUUUGAAAUCAGUCUUUCUAAUAUGUCCUUGGUGGGAAAUGCCUUGGAAAACUUGGGUAUUUUUUAUUGUGGAUUGAGAAAGUAAUAGAUUGGGAGGAUUACUGCACAACCUGUGACUAAGAAAAGCCUUUAACUAUGCACUUUUCUUUAUAAACCAAUAAAUAAAAUGAAGAUAAUAUUA